AUGAAGUCUUCCUAUUUUACCCCCCGCAGAUCGGAACUUGGCUUGGUGGGGGGCUUGUUGGAACGCGGAUGGCGAUUCUGGAAUUUUCCCCCCGUGCCUCACUUGCGAGAAAAAUGCCUAACCGCCGUGGACCUGGCGUUCGACCAAGGCAGCGAGAAACAUGCACAGUUCGCCGUCAACGCGGUCCAAGUGACACGCAUGUUCAAGGCGGCCGGUCGUAUUACGGUAAUCAAGCUUGGUUUUGGGUACUAAAAUGAAAACUUUUGUACUUUUUGUGGCGUAACUUAUCUUGUAACCUCGAGAAAUCGGUCCUUACAUAUGUUAACAGAUUGCAAGAAAGAAAAAAAAAUUAAAAAAAUGUCCUGGCUCCGAAACUAGUUAACUGACAGCGCAGUAUUGACCGGUCGCCGGCACUUUCUUAAACAUGCGUGGUGAAUACAAACAUUUUAAAAAGAGAUUCUAAUCGAGUAGUGCAGGUUUUGCUGAGGGAUAAAUUCUUCCGAGAUUCUGGCGUCGAAAAUGACCAAAACAAUCUCGCGACUCGGGUAAAACGCAAAAGUCUUCGAAAACUUGGUUUUUCACUAAUUGGUUUUGUUUUUGUUCAAAAAUUGUGUUUUCUUAAACAUAGGGCAGCUUCUCAAGAUAAUUUUUUUGUCUUUAAUGAUUUUUUUAGUAGGCUAACUUCAAACAGUAUUGAAGAUUAUCGUGGAUUUUUUCUCUUCAAAAAAUCUUUGUAGGCUUCAAAGGCGCAGAAUUUAUACUGAAACCGGCAAAUUUAAAUUUUACUUUUCUCAGGUCCUGACAUCUAUGACUGGAAUUGAGCAGUGAAACUCGCAGCUACAAUGCAAAUGUACAGCUGUAAGGAGUUGUCAUCAUUUCCCGAUUAAAAUGUGUUUUUUUGUUUGAAGCUCCUGGUGGAGAUGAUCUGCAGCAAUGAGCUGAAGAUCGAACUUCAGCACGUGGAAGAAUGUCUUCAGCUGUAUAAACGGUUGUACGGGGCCAGUGACGAAGAAAGUGUCCGCGUGUCCUGCCGCGCGGCCACCACUCAGUCCAUUACCUCCUACUUCUCGAACCGAUACCUAUCUUGUGUCAGUUUUUGAAAUAUUCUGUCAAUUCUGGGAGUCUUAUAAGCUUUAUUGCAUUUCUCGAGCUGUAGAUCUCAUUUGUUGAGCCUCAAAUUGAUUCUUAUUUUUGGACUCAUGCUGGUGCGAAUGGACUUCCCCAAUAGCGGCCGAAUGGAAUUUAAAAUAUGUCUAAAAAGGCCUAAUUUUUUCUCUCUCGAGUUACUUCCUUUCUUUUCAGCUUCUUCUCUUGGUUCCAGUUUUUUUUCUCAAAUUUCUACUGUGGAUUUUACCUUCAAGCAUAAAUUAUCGGUCAAAAUUUUGAAAUUUUGAAAAUUUGAAAAAGGCCAAAAAUAUGAGGAUAAUUUAUUUCUAUUAUAGCGAUUCUGAAAAUGGUUUCUUUAAAAAUUCUGUAGUUGCCUUAGACACGAGAGGCUUGAGUUCUUUCAUCUCUCAAUUUAAUUUGUCUUGGAAAGACUUGAACCAGUAGCCUUUGGUCUGGAAAAUAAGGGUCCGACUAGGAAUAAAUAUUCAAAUUCAAGGUCCCGAUUGUAGCGGUUUCGGCAUUUUUCCUAGAAAGUUCAAGACGUCGGAACAGUUCUUAUCGAAAGUCGGUCUAGCCUUCCUUUCGAGGAAGUCGUCCUUGCUCAUCAGGUAUCUUUUUGGAGAGUACAACUCUAUCAAGUGCUCAGAUCCUUUCUCCUGACGUGGAAGGACAAAUGAAGGCUCCCACUGGAGAAGAAGACGUGGGAGAUCUGACGCUCAGUUGUCAACUUCACAACGAAACAAAAACGUUAGUUUUUUUGGAUAUAUAAGGAAUAAAUUAACUUUUGGGAUUCGUGUUCGUUCUCUGGUCUAUGCAAUGGCGACGCAUGGAAUGUUGCUCCAAACCGUUGGUUCUCUACUUCUUUCUGGACAAGAUUCAUUAGAAGAGUCUUUGCGAAAGGCCAUUCUUGGAAUUCAUCGACCGAUUGGAUGUCGCCUUGAAGACGACGUUUUCAAUCGCUUCUACGAGUUUCUUGAUGCCACAUUUGCGGUGUAUCUCUAUUUUAUACAUUUUUUUUCAUGUUGAUAUUUUCCAGGUGGCGCUACAUAUGGAUCGACGACCGGCUCUGCUGGCGGUGUGGAGCAAGGUUACCGGCGUGGAAAACGCAAAUUGCACAGAGAGAGGCUGAAAGUGGAGAGAAAAAGUCCGUUCACUGACUCGGGAAACAUUUCGGACGAAAGUGAGUUUAUUAAAAAACUGUGAAAAAAAAAACCAGUUGAGACUUUUGCCUCUUCAGGACCGCGAAGGACCCAUCGACAUGGACGAAGUUCGACUGAUCGCCUACCGCGACGUCUGCCUUCACCUACUCCGAAAACUUCUCCACCUCAAAGCCUUAAAACCUGCCGCCAAAGCCUUGUCUGCAAUACUCAUAUCAUCCCCAGAUUUAAGUUUCAGAACACUCGCUGUACAACUUAUUGAACUUUUAUGUGAAUAGUCAUUGAAAUCGAAUAAAAUUCUUUAUAGAUUCGUAAUUUGUUUUUCAAGCCAAGAUGUCGAAAGAAAAACUUUGUAUACUGCAAUUUUUGACCUACAAGAAGAAGUGAAAAUAAUUUGACCAUUAAAAAAUCUUCCGCGAAAGAAACAUCAAAUUUUGAAGGAAAACUUUAAAGAAAUAACAUUUUUCUUUUUUUUUUCCACACUCGUGUUUAAGACAGUGCUACGGGGGCCGGUGGCCGGUCAAUAUUGCGCCGUGAGUUUUGAGGUUACAAGAUGAGAUACGUCAAAAAAAGUACAAAAGUUUUAAUUUUAUUACCGAGAAACCAAUCCUGACUAUACCGUAAUAUGGCCGGCCGCGUUAAACAGGCGUGUCCAGUUGGUAAGAAAUUCUAUGUACAUAAAUCUAAUUAAUCAAAAUUUAAAUAAAUAAUUGUUCCUUAAAAAAUCUAAAUCUAAUUAAUCAAAAUUUAAAUAAAUAAUUGUUCCUUCGAAAAAAAAGAAAGAUAAUGCCGUGUUCAAUUUGAUUCCGCGAAAUGCAAAAUACCCGUUAGAGAAAGGAAAAGAUCACUAAAUUGUGGAGAGUCAGAGAUCAUUUUGCAUUUCGCGGAAAUUACUUUGAACACGGCAUAAAUGUGCUCCACCCACCGGCAGAAAAAAAAAACGAAAAGGGUUUCGAAGCGAUUGGGCCUGUUUAUUUUUUUCGCGCGCCCAAUAUUUUUCGUAAUCCAAAAAUUUUUAAUGACUUUUUUUCCCCAAAUUCGAUCAAAGUUCUUCUUUUUUUAUACUUUUUGUUCUGAAGAUCAUGCCGUGUUCAAAGUGAUUCCGCGAAAUUCAAAAAUAGCUGUCAGAGAAAGAGAAAGAUAACUAAAUUUUUGGAGGGUCAGAGACCAUUUUGCAUUUCGCGGAAAUUACUUUGAACACGGCAUCAUUCUUGUUUAAUUUUUUUAAUUUUUCGAGUUGAGACAACGCAUUCCCGUUUUUCGAAUGCGCUGAAAAAAAUUUUAAUUAAAAAUAAUCCAAAUUUUGUUAAUUAUUAAUUUUGAAAAAAAUCAUGUCAUGGAUUAUAUAUUUCUAUUUAUAUCAGACAAAUCUUAUUUCAUCUCUAUAGUUUCGAUCAACUGAUUCAUAUAGAAAGUGUUUAUUAUUUUUUUUUGUACAUUAGAUAAUAAGUUUUGAUUCGUCUAACGUAAGUUUUUUGGAUCAAUUUGAUAUCAAAUUAUUCUUCUGUCCUUAAUUUUUUCAUAUUGACAGCAGAGUUUUCUUUUUUCGAAAAAAAGUUCUUGGCCUUUUUCUUACUAUUGCACACAAUUUACGAUUAGUACUUCUGUAUUUUUUUUUUCUUAUCAGUAGAAUAUUCUUACAAGGCGGUUAGUUCAGCGCAAACACGCACUGUUCGCGCGCCGCUGAAACGUUUAAUUUUUUUUUUUACGGUUCAGAUUUGCUUUAUCUGAAAAUUCAAAUUGCAUCGGCUUUUUUGAAUUGGUGCCAACUGGCCUUUUCUUAUAGUCAACUUUUUCGCUUUUAUCAUCACAAUUUUUUUUUAUCAGGAAAUAUGCAACCAUACUCGUUUGUCUCUUUAAUUAUGACGGUUUGUCGGAAAUUUAGAUUUUUUUUUCCAUCUGAUCAGAUUGAUCUAAGUUGGAAAAAAUUAUGUAUUGUUUCAAAGUUUGUACUUAGUUUAAGUGCACUUUGGAUUCCAUAAAAAAUUUUUCGUGCCGAGUCUUCCUCUAGCUUUCGAAUACUCUACUCGUACUCCGUACGUCCUUACUCGAGCUUCCGUCCUUCCUCUGCACACGAGCGAGGGUCAGAGUGCUAGAGAGCGCGUCGGUUUGAGGCUGCAGCAGUUUUCGCACUCUGUUUGCCGCCAUUUUCUCCGUCUUCACCCCACGCCGCAACUCUCUCCGCCCAAGCGUUUUUCUUAGCGUUGUUGUCCAUCUACCACGCCCACCAUCUAUCCUUCGUCAAAAUUAUUUACACGAAUAUUUCUGACGAUCGGUCAGUAUUUCUUUUUUCUUGGUAUUCCCUUUUGUUUCACCUUUUAUAUCCCUAGCCAAAGAAUCCAACUUUUUCUUUUACUCUUUUCGGCCGCUGUCGCAUCGAUCGUCUCACACACCUCUUUCGCACUUUUUUUUUUUACUUGGUUUCACUACUUUGAAAAAUUAUUCUUUUUUCAGAAAAGUAGGCACUAUGGCUAAAGCUAAGGCUGACGGAAGAAAAGGACGAGGACGUCCCCCGAAGAGUGCAAAGAAAACCGAUGAAGAUGGAGCCCCUGUUGCGCCAGUGAAGGUAAUUGAUUUUUUUUUAAAUUAUUGUUUUGGAGAUUCCAGGAUUUUUAAAAAGUUUUUUUUUUACUUGAUAUCCAAUGUUUAGAAAGUCGAGAAGAACCCUACUGACAAGAAGAAGCGCGGACGCCCACCAGGCGCCGGAAAGGCGAAGGCUGAGCCCAAGGCUAAAACUACAUCUUCGCGGCGAGCCAAGAAGGACGAUAACGAUAGCGACAACGGAGAGGUAUUUGUGCUUUUUUGUUUCAAGUAAUGUUCAUAAUUAUUAGGCUGAUGCUCCUGCCACCUCGUCAAUCGAAGACGAAGAAAAUAGCGAAUAA